AUGGCCGGUCCCGUCCGCCGCCUCCAACAGACGCUUUCGCACCUGCAAGCCCCUCAACCCCAGCAGCUCUCCAUUGUUUAUGGGCCGACGGAACCGGAAUUGCUCGACGUCACUCUCGGCGAGCUCCUAACCCUUCAGAGCCUGCAAUAUGGAGACUACGAGUGUCUUGUCUUUCCCUGGACCGGCGCGCGAUGGACAUACGCAGAUCUGAACGAUGAAGCGGAUCGCGUUGCGCGCGGCAUGUUGGCGAUGGGGAUCAAAAAGGGGGACCGGGUAGGCAUCAUGGCGGGGAACUGCGAGCAGUAUAUCUCGAUUUUCUUUGCUGCGGCGCGGGUUGGUGCGAUUCUCGUGGUGCUCAAUAAUACAUACACACCGAGCGAGCUGUAUUAUGCGUUGGAUCAUACCGGUACUGACUCCUGGUUUUCUAAUUUUUUUUUCUUAAAUGGAACUCAGAAUACUGAUCAUCACUCUCUCGAAGACGUCCUCGCGGAGCUGGGUCCACACCCAAAGGCAUCCGGAACAUCCAAAGCCCUCGAAGAGAUCGUCGUCAUUCGCGGCACAUACAAGGACUUCACCACCUAUGCGCAGGUCAUCGAGCGCGGCCUCCCGCUUCCUCCAAACACUCUCCCCGAGCGUGAGAGCCAGUUACAGACCGAAGAUGUCUGCAAUCUUCAGUUCACGAGUGGCUCAACGGGGAACCCAAAGGCCGCCAUGUUGACGCAUCACAACCUAGUAAACAACUCGCGCUUCAUCGGCGAUCGCAUGAACCUCACCUCCUUCGACAUCCUCUGCUGCCCGCCUCCUCUCUUCCACUGCUUCGGCCUGGUCCUCGGCAUGCUGGCCGUCGUAACGCACGGGUCCAAGAUCAUCUUCCCGAGCGAGACCUUUGACCCCCUCGCAACAUUGCACGCCAUUUCCGACGAGAAAUGCACAGCCCUGCACGGCGUUCCCACCAUGUUUGAGGCGAUUCUCUCGUUCGAUAAACCGCCCAACUUCGACUGCUCCAAUCUCCGCACGGGUAUCAUCGCCGGCGCACCCGUGCCGCGACCUCUCAUGAAACGCCUGUUCGAGGAGCUGAAUAUGAGACAGUAUACCAGCAGCUACGGCCUAACAGAAGCAUCGCCCACCUGCUUCAACGCCCUUACAACAGACAGCAUUGAAACGCGCCUUCAGACAGUCGGAAAGGUCAUGCCGCACGCUAAAGCCAAAAUCAUCGAUGCGAACGGCGCCAUUGUCCCCGUCGGCACCCGCGGCGAGCUUUGCAUGGCCGGCUACCAAUUGACGAAGGGAUACUGGAAUAACCCAGAGAAGACCGCCGAGACACUGGUCACGGACGAAGAGGGAACGGUCUGGCUCAAGACGGGCGAUGAGGCGGUUUUCACUCCCGAGGGAUACUGUACUAUAACGGGGCGGUUCAAGGAUAUCAUCAUUCGGGGCGGUGAAAACAUCUACCCGCUUGAAAUCGAAGAGCGGCUCACGGCGCAUCCCUCUAUUUCCCUUUCAUCUGUGAUUGGGAUCCAGGAUUCAAAAUACGGCGAGGUCGUGGGCGCAUUCAUCGCCCUUGCGGAGGGCGCUAAGAGGCCGUCUGACGAUGAGCUACGGGCGUGGACGCGCGAGACCCUGGGGAGGCAUAAGGCGCCUCAGCAUGUGUUCGUGUUUGGGGAGGAGGGUGUCGACGCCACGGUUCCCGUGACGGGGAGCGGGAAAGUCAGAAAGGUGGAUCUGAGGAAGAUUGCGGCGGUGGUUUUGGAGAGACGGAGGAAUGGCCAGGUUACGGCGUGA